AGCUGCAUGUGAAUGAGCCUUGGUGGAAGACAUGCCCGCAUCUCCAAAGGACGGUGGCAUUCCUGCUGAAAGCCCCAGGAAUGUGUUCAGUUCACCGUGCCGUGACGAGCACGCUGCUCCCACGUCGGGUGACAUGAAUUUGCCAACCUCUGCAAUGGCGAGCAAGGCAUCGGGGGCUUCGAAGGGAAGCGACUUGCAUGCGAGCCCGUCAAUUAUGCACGCGGCACUCAGAAGCGGUGCCAAGUCUUCAUCCUUGCCGGCCGUGCCACCCGUGCCGCCGGUGCCACCAAUGGCCGUAUCAAGCACGAUAACCACCGCUUCCACAAUUUCGGACUGUACCAUCGGAGCUCUUUACGGCUAUGUGGUCGGCUCCGUUUGUCAGGACAUUGAGCAGGUUACGGGUGAGCCCGGCGAUGUUCAGCUGGACGGAAAAUUGGCCUAUGGCAAUGCGGCCUUGACUUUCAAGGAUGUCAGCUUCAGCCUGCCAACUUCACAUGGUGACUCGAACACGAUUUUAGCGCCGUGCUCGGGUCACUUCGAGCCUGGCACGCUGGUCGCAUUAAUGGGCCCAUCCGGCAGCGGCAAGACGACGUUGCUGGACAUUUUGGCCGCCAAGAAGACCUCCCCCUACAGCGGCACCGUGCACAUGAACGGCAGGCCGCGGGACUGCCUGUUCCCGCGCCUCACGAGCUACGUGCCACAGGAUGACAUCAUGUUUCCAACAGUGACCGUGAAAGAACAGGUCAUGUUCCAUACUGCCCUGAAAACGGAGGUGCCUUAUGCGGUUUCCAGAACAAUGAUGGCAAAUGCAACGGAGUUGCGGUUGCGAGCAGUUGGCCUGGAAGAGGUUCAAGAUGCGUACAUUGGCAGCGACGUGGUCCGAGGCAUUUCUGGUGGCCAAAGGCGUCGCGUCUCCUUAGCCUGCGGGCUAGCCACCGGCGCCCAGAUCUUUUUUUGCGAUGAGCCCACCUCUGGCCUCAGCGCCACGGAUGCGGAGCAAUGCGUGAGGUACAUGCGAUUGCUGUGCAAGAAGUAUCACGUGACCAUCAUCGCCGCGAUUCACCAGCCUCGGCAAGAGGUUGCCGUGCUUUUCGACCACUUGCUUUUGCUCACGGCGAAUCCUGGGGAAGUGAUCUACAACGGCCCCAUGGUGCAGGCGACGCAGUACUGGUGCGAUGCCGGUUUCCCUGUGCCGGACCUUGUUUCCCCAACUGACUACUUCCUGGACUUGAUCACUCCAGGAACCGUGGAUUCGCAGGCAGACCAUUUCUUGAGCUUUUACCGGGACACUGCCAAGCCUGUCAUUGUCCGACUGGUGGAUGCGGAGCUGCACCGCGAGCGGCGGACUGCCAUGGAGCUCCUGGAGGAUAGACGGCGGAUCUUGUGUCGCUUUGGAGAGAUGCCCCCAGUGAGAAGGAGCAUCUACGCCGUCAGGUUUCGAAAGCAGCUUCAGAAGGUCUUUUGCAGGCAGCUCCGCCUUCUGAUUCGCGAUCAGCAAGGAAUCCUGACCAAUGUCGUGGUGGCCGUGGCGCAGGGUCUUUUGGUUGGUGCGGCCUACAUUGGGAUCGGAAAUCAUGCUGGGUACAACCAGGCCGGCUUCUUUUUCAUGCUGGUCAUGACCUGCGCCCUGUCCGGCAUCAAGGUCAUGCCAAAGGCAAUUUCAGAGCGCAGCGUUAUGAAGCUGGAAGUUUCGGAGGUCUUGUACAACGAUUGGGCAUACAUCAUCUCGUUCACCACGCUGAACGGCAUUGUCUCUCUUCUUUGCAAUGCCCUCUUCGUUCUGAUAGUUUUCCUUAUGAGCCAACUUCGAUGGGAGAUCUUCGGAACAGUUUUGCUGUGGAACAGCGCCAUAUUCAUAGCCAUGGACAGCGUGUACAUGUUUGUGGCCGCCGCAGCCAAAGACUCCAGUGCUGCACAAAUCUUGUUGGUGCCCUUUUUGAUGCUCGCGAUGAUAUUCAAUGGCUUCACAGUCUCGAGGGCCUCCGUGCCAGAUUUCAUGGUGUGGGCGUUGGAAAUGUCGCCGGUGUCUCACACGUUGGAGGAGAUGGUUUACAGCAUUCAGAAGCAGACUGAGAGCAUAGAACUGAUGAUCAUCGUGGACCAGUUCGGGUACCAGAGCUCCCUGGGAGCAGCCGUAGGUGUUCUGGGGGCCUGGUUUGUGCUUUUCCGAAUCGGGCAAAUUGUUUGUCUGAAAGCAAUGCACAACAUCAAGCGUUAGCUUUGCCACGAAUUUGUGGCUUCAAUGGCGUGCAGCAGGCUGCCAAUAGAGCAACCGCGGCUGCAAAGCUUUCAAUUCAGAAUUCGCCUUGCGCUUUUUGUCACUGCUCAUUGCUUUGCACUUUUUGUCACCUGUGCUGCAAGUUUAGCUAUUUGCUCAAAGGAUCUUUCAUGCCGCCGGGCGCGCUCAGCCUGCCUGAGCGCUUUGUGGCUAUAUGUCGGGUGUGCCUAUGUCUGUCGGGUGACAAUUAACG